UUUUGUGAGGGCGUGCAUACUGUACUUCGGGUGACGAUGGACGAGAACCAGAGGCCAUUUCAAUCAGAGAUGAUUUACUUCCUGCAUGUCUACUACAUCCCGGUUAUCAUCGUUGUGGGAGUGGUGGGCAAUGUUCUAAGUGGGGCGGUGUUUCUACGUACCCGUCUACGACGACGUUCCUCCUCCUACUACCUGGCAGCCAUGGCUGCAUCAGACACCACUUUCCUGCUGCUGCUGCUGCUGAGAUGGCUCCUCCACCAUGACGCUUUCACUCUCUUUCGCCUCGAACUCCUUGAUUCUGACCCAGCCUGCAAGAUCAUCAAUUAUGUCGGUUCCACUACAACCAGUAUCAGCGUGUGGCUGACAGUGGCCUAUACCUUGGAGCGGUGUAUCGCUGUCCAGUACCCUCUGAGGCGGUCCACCAUCUGCACGGUGGGUCGAGCCAAGUGGACCAUCUGCGUCAUUGUGUUGGUCACUUCCCUCAGUUACCUCUACCUCCUCGUCACACAUGGCACAUCUGCUAAUAUAGAGACGUGCGGAUUCUACCCAGAGUACCAGCGAGUUGUGAUGGUACUGAAUCUGGCCGAGAUUGUCGUGAUGGUGUUCCUCCCUUUUGUCCUCAUUGUGCUCAUGAACUCUCUCAUUGCCUGGCGCCUCUGGGCCUUUUCCAGGAUCUUCCGUACCGCCGACCACACGCAAUCUUCCAGAACUUGUGAAGGAACCGAAGAGACACCACUGAUGCCAAUCUUGGUAGCCUCACAGCCCUUCUCCAACCGUUCUGAAGAACAUGUUACAACAUCACAUCAGCCUGUAACAUCAACACCUGAUAUUAUCAAGUCUACAGCCUUUGUCCCGAGGUCUACACCCUAUGCUGACACAUCUGCUUCUUAUUCCAUCGUUUCCCCAACCUACGCCAUCCUACCUUCAUCAUACUUCACUAAGUGCACACCAACUGUUUCCACGGCAUCUGCCAUAGACAGAAUGGCUUUCUGCCCUAAACCAAUAAGACUGGUAACUGGUCCGUCCACCCACCUUGUCUCUGGGUCAAAGCCUGGUCAAUACAAUGGCCUUAUUACAAACAAGGCAAAUGGCUUAGCUUUAGUUGCAUUAUCAUCUACAAGUUACAGCACUGAUUUACGAUCAAGCCAGGUUAGUAACUUGUCUGUAAAUCAAGUCACUGACUCAUCCUCAGAAAAGAUUAGUGACUUAUCCACAGGUGAAAUUGCUAAUUUAUUUUCAGAUCAGCUUAGUGACUCGUUGAAAAUUCAAGUUAUUGAAACACAUUUGGACCAAGAUAUUGACCUAUCCAUAGGUCAAACUGUUGACUCACAUUCAGACCAAAUCCAUUACUCACACCAAGGACAGAUUAUGGAGUCAUCUUCAAGUCAGUUCAUUGACUCAACUGCAAGUCAAGAUAAUUACUCAUCCAUAGCUCAGGCUAACGAUCGCUUUCCAAGUCAGACCAGCAUUUUAUCUUCAAGUCAAAUUACUGUAACAUCUCCACAUCAUUCCAAGAGUGUUAGCCAAUACAUUUGGGUGCUUUCCAAGAGACAGGUUGAAAAGGAUCUCCCUGACAGCAACCUGCCUCUCCUGGAAAACUUGCAAUUCCACAGUGACCUGCAACUCCACAGUGAUUUGUCAAUACACAUGGAUCCACCCUUCCUGGAAGACCCACCUCUCCAGGAUGAACCAUCCUUCCAGGAUGAUCCACCCCUCCAGGAUAAAGCACGCCUCCAGGAUGACCCACCUCUCCAGGAUGACCCACCCUUCCAGCAUGACCCACCUCUCCAGGAUGACUUACCCCUCCAGGAUAAAGCACCUCUCCAGGAUGACCCACCCUUCAAGGAUGACCCACCCCUCCAGGAUGACCCACCCUUCCAGAAGGGCCUGACUGAUGACCCUCCCUUCCAGGAUGACCCAGCCCUUCAUGAAGUGCCACCUCUCCAUGAUAACCAUCCCCUACAUAAAGACCAGCCCAACAUCUGUGAUCCCACUUUUACACCCAAAGACCACAUUCAUAACAUUAGAGGCAAUAGAGAUCACAUCUGUACCACCACCACCACCAUCAGAGACCAAACUCAUGCAGUUUGGAAACCCUCAAACACCACCAAACAUCAUACUCAAGUCCCAAUAUGUAACGAACACAAAAUUACAGGUGAACACAAUCACAGUAUUAGAGACAACACUCGCACUGUUACCAAAGACUACACCCACAAUACCACUAGAAAGCAAACUUACAUUGCAAACAGAAGUUGUACCCACACUACUGCUAGAGACCACACUUACACUUCCAUUAGAAACCCCAAACACACUGCCACAAGAGAUCACAACCAUGCUUCUUUUGAAGACCACAUCACUAAAGAACACACCCACAUUGCCAGUAGAAACCAUACUGGCACUAGAGGUCAUACCCACAUUGCAAGCAGAAACUACAAUCACACUAAUGACCCCAACCACACUGCUAGAAAUCAGACCCAUGUGGCCACCAGAGAUCAUGCUCACAAUAACAUUAGCAAGAUGUUAGUGCUAAUCUCAACCAUGUUUAUCAUCCUCCAAUUACCAAGCUACCUGCUCAGAGUCUACGUCAUGCUCAGGUAUGAACUAGAGACAGCUGAAGAUAACAAGAGGAAGGCUGCUGGAGGAUGUGAAGUGGGAAAAGGUGGAGAAUUCGAAGAGGAUAUUACUGGAAAAGAUUGCAAGUUGGAGGAGACACAGCAGCUGGCCAAGGUUCAAGAGGUGUUUAUGUGUCUCUAUUACUCCCACUACUCUGUUAACUUUCUCCUCUACACCAUCUGUGGUUCCAACUUCAGGCAGUCUCUCUGCCAGCUGGUCAUCUCCAAGGUCAAGCAGCUUGUAAAUUGGGCCCGCCGGAAAGGCCAACCAGACCAGCUCUAAUGUUCCGUUAUCAGCUGUUCUGUAAUCAGCUGUUGUUCCAUGAUUUAUCAUUUUUUUUUAUUAAUAUUAGAAAGGUGCAGGAGUAAGAAUGGGAUUUUAUAGUCUUAUAUUUUGUAAGGCUAAACAUAUUCUACCUCAGCUCAUUUUUAAGUAAAAUGAAAGUAUUUUGCCAAAACCAGACUAAAGUAGCAGAGUAUUAUAAAAAUACUGUAUCAUUGAGGCAAAUGUUAGCGAAGUUAGUUAGUGAAGCUAGCUACCCAUGGAGAAGAAAAAUAAGGACUUACAUGGGGAAGGAGUGAUCACAGGUAUUCAAGAUGAAGAAAAGACAACUAGCCAAGAGAGAGGACCCAAGGCAACACAGGCGUAACGAGGACCGAGAAUGCUACAUAAAUACCGGGCUGAUAAGACCCUGUUAGGCUGCCAAAAUAGCAGUACCAGGACAUGUUACCAAAGACAGCUGCAAGAGCAACAUUGUAAUGAACAUCUUGUGCAUGAGGGUAGACUACAGGCUAGCAGAACUUAAUGACACUACAGAUGACCAGAGAAACAGAAACUACAGACCCCCUUGGAACAGGCAACCAAGAAAAAAAGGAACAACCUACAAAGCAUCCACUGAGGCAGAAUCAGUAGCACAAAGGUAGCGAGGAAGAGUCGCCACUGGGCAAAGAGUUUUCGCUCAGGAAAAUUCCCAACUCAUUCUUUGCCAGAAAAAGACUGCAAAUGAACAUACAGUAAUGCCUACAAUGCCCACCCAGGCCAAAAUAACAAAACCUCACCUCUGGAAUGUAGCUCCCUGACCCUACAACCAGAGGUGAACACUAACAGAAAAACUGCCUUAAUCCUUCUGCUGCUUCAGUCAUACACGGAUGGCUGCGGCACAUCUGACCAACCUGUGCCAAUCAUCUAGGGAUUGUUUAACAUAUCACAUAAGAUUUAAACUCUCACAGGUUUACAGGGCUCACAUUGCUGUCUCAGGCCUCCAGAAAACAUAUGCCAUUUUGAAAAA